UUUGACCAUACGACAGAAAAGCUUGUGGCUGCAUUGAACAAUAAUAAAGUACACGUAAAGUUAUUUUAUAUUUUUCUGUUUUUAUACAACCUCACGAAUAUAUUGGAAAAUGUUUAUUACGGACAUAAGAAAGGAAUUCUACGACGUUGUUGUCAACCAGAGAGUUGCCCUCCUGGUGUCAUCUGAUAUCGAUGCACUCUGCGCCUGUAAGAUAUUACAGGCACUGUUUCACUGUGACCAGGUCCAGUACACCUUGGUGCCAGUGACAGGUUGGCAAGACCUUGGUACUGCCUUCUUAGAGCACAAGGAGCAGUUCCGCUAUUUUGUCCUGAUCAACUGUGGGGCCAAUGUUGAUCUCCUGGAGACCCUUCAGCCAGAGGAAGACUCCAUCUUCUUCAUCUGUGACACACACAGACCUGUGGAUGUAGUUAAUGUCUACAAUGACACCCAGGUGAAGCUGAUGAUAAAGCAGGAUGAUGACCUUGGAGUGCCCUCCUAUGAUGAUAUCUUCCGCGAUGAAGAGGAGGAAGGCGGCGAUGACUCUGGGAAUGAGAGUGACGGAGGCUCUGAGCCUUCUGGGAAACGGAGGCGAUACGAUGAGGGGGAAGUGGAGAGGAGGAUUGAGCGACAGAGAGCAACGAGAGAGUGGGAGGCAAGGAGACGUGAGAUCCUGUUUGACUAUGAGCAAUAUGAAUACCAUGGGACUUCGGCUGCAAUGGUGAUAUUUGAGCUGGCAUGGGUCCUGACUAAGGACACUAAAGAUAUGCUGUGGUGGGCCAUCAUUGGGCUGACUGACCAGUGGGUUCAUGAUAAAAUCACUCAUAUGAAGUAUGUAACAGACAUCGCUACUCUGCAGCGCCACGUCUCACGUCACAACCACCGGAACGAGGAUGAGGAUAAUUCUCUCUCUAUCGACUGCAUGAGGAUCUCCUUCGAGUACGAUCUGCGUCUGGCCCUGUACCAGCACUGGUCUCUGUUUGAGAGUAUCUGUAACUCCUCUUACACCUCCUGCAACUUUAAGCUCUGGUCAAUGCAUGGCCAGAAGAAACUCCAGGAGUUCCUCGCUGACAUGGGCCUGCCCCUGAAGCAGGUGAAGCAGAAGUUCAACUCCAUGGACAUGUCAGUCAAAGAAAACCUGCGAGAAGUUAUAGAAGAAUCCUCCAACAAAUACGGUAUGAAGGACAUCCGUAUCCAGACUUUCGGCAUUCACUUUGGCUUCAAGAACCAUUUCCUGGCCAGUGAUAUCGUGCACGCUGCUGCCGCCCUUCUGGAGAGCACUGAGAAGGACGACAGCCCCGGCGACAACUUUAUCAAGGCCCUCGACUGCCUCUCCAGGAGUAACCUGGAGCGUCUCCAUGGUGGCAUUGAUUUGGCUAAGAAGAAGCUGAUGGCCAUCCAACAGACUGUAGCCAGUUGCAUCUGCACCAACCUCAUACUGUCACAAGGACCCUUCCUCUACUGCUACCUCUUGGAGGGAACUCCUGAUGUGAAGCUGUUCUCCAAACCCAUGGCCUUGACCCUGCUCUGCAAGUACCUGCUCAAAGCCUUUGUACGCUCUACGAGGAAUAAGCGAUGUAAGCUGCUGCCCUUGAUCAUAGCUGCUCCCAUGGAUGUGGAGAAGAGAACUGUCAUCGUUCUAGGCAUCCCACCUGAGUCUGAGACAUCCGACAAGAAGAAUUUCUUUGGCCGUGCGUUUGAGAAAGCAGCAGAGAGCACCAGCUCCAGAACUCUCCACGACCACUUCGACACCUCUAUCAUUGAGCUAAAGAUGGAGGACAGGACUAAGUUUCUGGAUGCCCUCAUCACCCUGCUGUCCUAAGGAGUGAGCUAACUAAGACACACUGAUGUAUGGAUAAAGUUCCUGAAAUUGAUAUGUGAAAUCUGUAGAUGCUGGAAGAGACUAUAUGACAUUACAACUAGGUUCAUGCUCAAUGUGAUGGAGAAAUCUCUAUUUUGUGCUUCACCUGUUUUGGCCAAUGAUGAGUAUUUUCCAAUGUUUCGUAUUUUCAGUUCAGGACACUUUGUGAUGCCUAUAUGUAUAUUGUACUGUUUCUUGUAAGUGUAUUGUGAGGGUUUGUGUUUUUAAUCUCAUGUAAAUACAUUUUUCUGUUGUCUUUGUUUUUUGAAUGUGUCAUGUAACACAUUUAUUAAAUGAUAUUUUAUUGAUGUAUAA